GAUGUGGGCGCAGGGGAACAGGUCAGGGGCGAUGGGCGCCGAGGUGCUGCUGCUGCUGCUGCUGCUGGUGGCCCACGGUGCUCCGCGCCGCUACACCCCGGACUGGCAGAGCCUGGACUCGCGGCCGCUGCCGGCCUGGUUCGACAAGGCCAAGUUCGGGGUGUUCGUGCACUGGGGCCUGUUCUCAGUACCUGCCUGGGGCAGCGAGUGGUUCUGGUGGCACUGGGAGGGCGAGCGGCUGCCGAGCUACCAGCGCUUCAUGAGCGACAACUACCCGCCCGGCUUCAGCUACGCCGACUUUGGGCCGCAGUUCACGGCGCGCUUCUUCCAGCCAGAGCAGUGGGCCGAACUCUUCGAAGCCGCGGGGGCCAAGUAUGUGGUCCUGACCACAAAGCAUCACGAAGGCUUCACAAACUGGCCAAGUUCUGUGUCUUGGAACUGGAACUCUAAGGACGUGGGGCCCCAUCGUGAUUUGGUUGGUGAGUUGGGAGCAGCUCUCCGGAUGAGGAACAUACGCUACGGCCUUUAUCACUCCCUCUUAGAGUGGUUUCACCCACUCUACCUACUUGACAAGAAAAACGGCCUCAAAACUCAGCAUUUUGUCACUGCAAAAACAAUGCCAGAGCUGUACGACCUCGUUAACAGGUACAAGCCUGAUCUGAUCUGGUCUGAUGGGGAGUGGGAAUGUCCGGAUUCUUACUGGAACUCCACGGGUUUUCUUGCUUGGCUCUACAAUGACAGCCCUGUCAAGGAUGAGGUUGUAGUCAAUGACCGCUGGGGUCAGAACUGCUCCUGUCACCACGGAGGAUACUACAACUGUCAAGAUAAAUACACACCACACAGCCUGCCAGACCACAAGUGGGAGAUGUGCACCAGCAUCGACAGGGCUUCCUGGGGCUAUCGUCGUGACAUGACCAUGUCUACCAUCGCCAGCGAGUCUGAAAUCAUUGCGGAACUGGUUCAGACAGUAAGCUUGGGAGGGAACUAUCUUCUCAACAUUGGACCAACUAAAGAUGGACUGAUUGUUCCCAUCUUCCAAGAAAGGCUUCUUGCUGUGGGCAAGUGGCUGCAAGUCAACGGGGAGGCCAUCUAUGCCUCCAAACCAUGGAGGGUACAGUCUGAAAAGAACACGACAUUCUUGUGGUAUACCUCUAAAGAAUCAGAUGUUUAUGCCAUCUUUCUGCACUGGCCAGAAAAUGGGAUCUUAAACCUUAAAUCUCCCGAAACCACCUCUUCUACAAUGAUAACAAUGCUGGGAAUCGAAGGGGAUCUGAAGUGGACCCAAGAGCCCCAGGAAGAUCUCCUCAUCUCUCUGCCCUCAUUGCCACCUCAUGCUCUCCCAGUGGAGUUUGCGUGGACUAUAAAGUUGACAGAUGUGAAGUGACUGUUGGAGACUGCUGCUCUGUGCUGUUUUGAUUUUCUCUUACAGUACCAUCAUUGCAAUAAAGUAGCUUCCUUCUCCCACCAGUGAUGGCUUUUCCAACCCAUUUUAAUCAAAAGAACUGAAUACACUGUGCUGAUUAGUAGAUGGAAGCUUGGCGAUCCAUUGCUAGCAUCUCUGGUCAGCAGAAGGGCCUGGACAGUCCAGCUGAGUUCAUCCAUUCCUUCACUGGGAUUACCUACCAUGAAAUCUGCCUCCAGUCUCUGCUUGAUGACUUUAGAUAGUGAACCAUGUUGCUCUUGCCUGGGGGAGGAGGCAAAGAGUUCUGGCCAACUCAGCCACCUGCUCUUAUUUCCAUCAGUUGUCACCACACUGACCCCAAGGAGCUUGCCAGUCUGCCAAAGUCAACUCUUCAGAAGUUUAAAGUGAGCCAAGAGCUCUGACCUUGAGUAUGCUUUCAGAGAUACGGAUCAGAAAGUAUGAUUCUGCCUUGCCUUUUAAAGAAGUAAAUUGUAAGUCAAAUUAUUUGUACCAAAAAAUGUGGUAAUUUUAUUUUCCUAGUUUCUGUUUGGACUGCUUAUAGCUUUAAGAUGACUUUCUGGUUUACUUGUUUUUUAUUUAAGAAAUAAAAACUGGAGCCAGG